AUUUUUACCACCACCCACGGGUCUUGUGUCUUGUCUUUAUAUCGCGUGUGUCGACUCGAUUGCUGUAUUAUAGCUACUAUGUUAUAGUUACUGACUUACUGUACUACUGCUUUUCCGUAGAUCUACCCUACUUUGCAUUUUACUUCAGUGUCAAGACCUCAUGGAUUGUGUGAUACGAGAGACACCAGCAAGACGAGCUCGAGCUUGAGUCUUCGGUGGCCUGUGCUAGGCUGGUACCGUACCUACCUCCUACCAGUAGUUCACCUCGAUGAGGCUGACGGUAGCUGUGGACUACUACUAGAACUACUAGUUGAAGUGUGAGCCUGACAUACUACUAGCCCAGGCUGUAAUAUAACUACUAUUUUGAAGUCAGUCAAGCAACGAAGGUUCUCUGGAGUGAAUCAUGGAUUACGUGGAAGGGCAGUUUAGCGAUGCCGAUGAGGAUUCGGAAAGUUCAUAUUUGCCAUGUCGAAAGUUGCCAGUAACAUCUCUCCCAGAUUAUGACGAAGACUGGGAUGAAGAUUACACUGCAAAUAGUGCAACUGUAGAGUGGAAGAACCUGGCCAACAAAGAUGACGAAAUUGCUUAUUCUGAAGACAGCGAUGAUUAUGAAUAUGAUGACUUUGUUGGCGAUGAUUGCAAAGAUCUUACCAAGCAGUAUCACAGUCAAUCUAGAACGAGUACUUGUAAUGCGAAUGCUCAGUCACAGAAGAUUGAAAAAUUCCAGCCAUCUGAAAAGCUUUUCAAAAAGUAUGAUGGGAAGAUAUGCCUAGAAAAGCUGGAGGGACUGGUUGGAUUUGGUGGCAAUGUUACAAAUAAAAUAUCUGAAAGUCAGCGCCGAGCAGAAAAUGAAAGGCAAAGGGUUCGUGACAAAUCGGAACGUGCAACUGUUGAGCAAGUGUUGGAUCCACGAACGCGUAUGAUAUUAUUCAAGCUUCUGAACAAGGGAACAAUAUCAGAGAUUAAUGGGUGUAUAUCAACGGGUAAGGAAGCCAAUGUGUACCAUGCUACAAAUGCAGAAGGAAAGGAGUUUGCUGUGAAGGUAUACAAAACCUCUGUUCUUACAUUCAAAGCAAGGGACCAAUAUGUUUCAGGGGACCAUAGGUUUCGACAUAGUUAUGGUAAGAGUAAUCCGAGGAAGAUGGUACGUGCAUGGGCUGAGAAGGAGAAUGGUAAUCUCCAUCGUCUACAUGGUGCAGGGCUUCCUGUCCCGCUCCCAAUAAUUUUGAGAGCUCCAGUGCUUAUAAUGGAGUUCUUAGGAAGUAAUGGAAUGGCAGCUCCAAGACUUAAGGAUGCUGUAAUAUCCGAGUCCAAAGCACGUGAGCUGUAUUAUGAUCUGGUGCUGCAGAUGUGGACCAUGUACCGAGAUUGUCGACUUGUGCAUGCUGAUCUGAGUGAAUUUAAUAUUUUGUAUCAUGAAGGGCGAGCGUACCUUAUUGAUGUCUCGCAGAGUGUUACACAUGACCACCCGCAGUCUUUGGUGUUUUUAAGGAAGGAUUGCACUAAUAUUACUGAAUACUUCAGAAGAAAAAAUGUGCCCACCAUGACCAUAAAGGAGUUGUUUAACUUCAUAGUGGAUCAAACCAUUACCUAUGAAAACAGAGUAGAGUAUUUAGAAAAAUUACAAGAGAUAGCCUCAGCCCGCACUGUGGGAGAGAUGACUGAUAAGGAGAGGGUUGACGAAGAAGUUUUCAAGAAUGCAUUUCUCCCAAAAACUUUAGAUGAAGUAGUGGAUUUAGAAAGGGAUCGUAUACAAUUGAAAGAAGGCAUCAAAACAGAGGAUGACAUUACUUACCGUACUAUUAUUGGCUUGAAUAAGGACUUGUCAGGUGUUGAAUUGACUCCCAGCAUUCUUCCCAACAAUGAUGCGGAAUCCAGUGUGGAUGGUAGUGCAGAUGAUGACAACAGUGAUGAGAGUGAAGACGAGGGUAGUGAUGACACAUCGAGCAACAGGUUAACUAUCAUCCGUCCAAGAGGAGAAUCUCCUUCUUCGAGAAAAGAAAGGAAAAAGGCAUUUAAAGAUGCCAAAGCUGAAAAAAGAAAAACCAAAGUGAAAAAGCAUCUAAAGAAAAGAGCAGAAAAAGAGAGAAGGAAAAAAUAAGCUGUUGAAGUAAUGAUUUUAGUCUAUUUUUGAUAUGGUUAAGGAUUCAUUUUUUGUAAUUCAUUCAUUGCUGUAUAUACUUGCUUUCAAAAUUCCAGUCAUCUUCAUUUAUCAUGUUUUUUUUGCAAUGCAGUAUUUUUAUGUGUAAACUGUGUAGAAAAGCUAUUAUACUCGUUUUGUAUGUUUAAACUGAUGAGUUGCUGUACACUGAAAAGGGUAAUUGCACCAUCCUCAGGGGAUUUGGUGUUAAUUCAACUGAGAUUAUGUUGGAAAUAUUGUUUCAGGGAGUUAUCUUAUUUUAGAUUAUUUGCUGCAGUGUGCAUGCAUUGUUUUUAUUUGAGGAUUUCAGUUUAGGUAUGAAUCUCUUGUGAUUGGUAUUCAUUUUGAAGGAAGUAUGUUUACAUUUUUCUAACACUGUUGUUAAAUUUAGUUUACUUUUAUGAAAUAUUUUUGGGAAGCAUUUCAUAUGGUAGCGUACUUAGUUUCUACAUAGGUAAUUUCAUAAUAAUAUUGGAAUAGUCAGUCACAGAAUUUAAUAAUAAUUUAUUAUUAAACGUGAUAUGUGCUUUUUUUUUUGUAAAAUCUUAUGUUUGGUAGUAAAUUAGUUCAAUACAUUUAUUUUUUUUGUCAACAUGAUGAUAAGGAAAAUUGUGCGAGGUACUCUUUCUUAGUUGUAUUAAUGCUUAUUCACAUAAAGCAAAUGUGUGGCUCCUCUCACAUUGACCUGUUUGGAGUAUAUUGUGGUACUGUUACCCCUUGCAUUUUAAUCAAGUCAGCAAUAGGAUAUUUCAACCGUUAAAGGUUUCACCCUUUUCUUUAUAUUGACAACCUGUGGCUACUCAGUGGGUAAGCUUGCAUUUUUAUGCCAGUUAAAUGUCAUAACGUGCUCUUUAUAUGACGGGAACUGUAUGUUAACAUAUGCAUUUUGUACUUAAUGCAAACUGAAUAUACUAAAUUUUGAAGAGUGAAAGAAGUGUUAUGUGUUUCAGGUUUUGUAGAGAAAGAACUGAACGUGGGUUAGUUUGUAAUCACUUAGUAUGUAGUCUGUGCUCAGAUUUUCAUGGAAGAAAAUAUCUAUUUGGUUCUCUCUUUAGUUAGUGCAUAAGUUUAAUAUGAACUGUAUACUUAGAAAAGCUUCAAAAAUAAAUAAUACCCAUAUGUGAAAAGAGUAAAAUAUAUCAGAGGAAUAGAGCAGUAAAAUAAUCGCCAUGGAAUAAAUAAAAGUCUUGACUAAACUUCAAUUGUUUAAUUACAAUCGAUAUACUGUACAUUAAUCUCAUGAUUAUAGUCGUUGAUAGUCGGGUAUCCUGUGUGUAACUUUUGGUAGCUUAUCCCAAACCCUAGCUGAACAGCAUAAUUUACUUAACCUUGUGAGUUAUUGCUUACUUUGAUUCAUUGGGUGUGCAUGCAUAUUAGCUUUCAGGAUUUAUGGUUCAACAGUAAUUCGAAAUUGACUGAUAUUGUAUUUAUCAGCCCCUAAUGUGACACAAGUCUGAGGUUUUUUGCAUCCAUUAGUGCGCCGAGUGCUAAAGACAUUACAAAGGAUAUAUUUAUUAGCAAAUUAGUUGGAUAAAAUUUGUUAGAUUUGUUAUUAUUUUUCACUUGAAACAUUAAAAUUGUUUAAGAGA